AUGGAAAAGUCCAAGCAACCCUCGGUCGCAGUCGGAGAUCUUAAUGCUAAUAGCCAAGCUAAGGAUCCUAAGCCAGUUAAAGAUGAUAAUCUUAAUCCACUGUUAAAUAAUGGAAUCACAAACAGAGAUAUUUUCAGAACACUACUGUUUCAUUUCAAGACUGACAAUUACAUUCCAAUCGAUGGUGCAGCUAAAUUUGUUGUAAAUCUGCUUAAGAGACCAGUUAAGACUAAGUAUGAUGAGGAAGCUGAGGCCAGAUUCUUCAACUCGCUUGUUUAAAUUAUGAAGUCAUUUUCCUUUGAUGGCAAGAAUCUCUCAGAAAAUUCUUUCUGCAAGUUGAUGCAGUCCUUUGAGACAUUCAAUGAGAAUGAAUUCACAGAUCAAUAGCAAUAUGAUAUGUUCCUUGAGAGACUAUUCUACAGAAUCAAGCACAAGAAGACUGACUAGAUCUAGAUUGAAGAUUUCAAGGAGCUGAUUGAGCGAGCUGGCUUUAAAUUUGAAAAAGGAGAGUUUGAGAACCUUAUUAAAUGGUAUUUCAGGAAUAAGGAAACUAUCACACUUGAGGAAUUUAAGCUAUUUGCAACAGGAAACUGCGUCAAAUUAGUGGAUAACAAGAAAAAGUGA